AUGUCUACCAAUACCCAGCAUCUAACGACUUCUAGCAGUGAAAAGCCAAUUACUGAAAAUGGGCUGCCAGAGACUAACGCAUCUGAAGAAGCACCGCAAAAUGACCAUUCGCAAAAACCAUCCGCUCUAAGGAUCACUCUUGUCAUAACCUCGGUCCUUCUCAGCAUGUUCCUUGUGAUGCUAGACAGAACCAUAAUUUCCACGGCCACCCCCCAAAUCUCAGAUGAAUUCAAUGCCCUCGCCGAUGGCCUAUUUGGUGCUGUUAUGGGAAUUGCAUCUAUCACCGGUCCUUUGAUUGGGGGAGGGUUUACGUCUAACGUGACGUGGCGAUGGUGCUUUCAUAUCAAUCUGCCCGUUGGUGGCGUGGCCAUGCUCGUCAUUCUUUUCUUUCUUGACAUUCCUGAUGGGGAUACCAAGAUGGCUUUAACCCGCAAGUUGAUGCAAAUGGAUAUUCCUGGUACAGCGGUCUUGGUUCCUGAGAUUGUUGGAGUGAUGGACGGUGUUGUUGCACUACUGACACUGUCUGGAGUUCUACUCGUUGCCUUUGUGGCAGUUCAGAUGUGUCUUCCCAAGACUGCUACUCUUCCUCCGCGGCUUUUCAAACAGCGGAGCGUCAUCGCAGGCUGUUGGUCUGCUCUUUGCAUUAACUGUGGAAAUUAUGUCAUUAUAUACUUCCUACCGAUCUGGUUUCAAGCAAUCAAAGGAGUCACGGCAGCAGAGUCCGGCAUCCGCACGCUACCUUUAAUGAUCUCGACGGUAAUCGGAUCAGUAACUGGCGGGCUCAUCAACUCGAAAAUCGGAUACUACACCCCUCUCGCAAUAAUUGGUACCAGCAUGAUGUCAAUCGGGGCAGGACUCCUGACAGCCCUGCUUUUAGAUACCGGAGCCGGCAAGUGGAUUGGUUACCAGAUUAUCUAUGGCUUAGGCCUAGGUUGGUGUUUCCAGAUACCCAACCUCGCAGCGCAGGCGGCUCUACCAAAGAAGGAUGUACCCAUGGGGCUGGCACUGAUGAUAUUCAGUUCACUCUUUGGGGCUGUGGUGUUUGUCUCAGCAGGUGAGAAUGUUCUCGAGACACAGCUUUUACGCAAGUUCUCUAUGGUUCCUGGGUUUGACGCGGGCUUGGUCGCGUCUGGGGGUGCUACGUCUUUACUAGAAUCUUUGCCAUCGAGUUUGCGGGAGAUAGGUCUUAAGAAAUAUAAUCAGGCGCUACGGGUGGUUUUUAUGGUAGGAUUAGUUCCGGCGUGUUUGAGUGUCAUCGGGGCUAUUUCUCUUGAAUGGCGUAGUGUGAAGAAGCCUGUGGCCAAGGUGGAUGCUGAGGCCUCUGCGAAAGAGAAUAUUGAUGACGCCAAGGCAUGA